UAUUAGCAGCAAAGUGCAACUUGAAACAUCUUACUUUGAUUUAUAUAAUGUAACAAAUAUCCAAAAAUCCUGCUCUGUCUUGAAAUCAAGUCGAAUCAAUAUGACCAACGAAUCCGAGGUAGUGUCAAGAUUUUUGUCAACGAAAAAUAUUCACUUGCCAUCAUCGAAUGAUUGGUUGGACGGCUGUAUUGAAUGGUUCAAGAGUCAACAAGAAAAUUAUUCAACUUCUGAACUUCAAAAGUUUGCUCUGCAGCAAUGGCUUUUAGCGGAUCUAAAGAUGAUCAGUCACGGGUCUCUACCACCAAAUCUGUCAGAUAUAAAUAGUAUUAUGUUAACUGGAACUUAUCCUAUGCAGAUAAACUAUUUUUUCAACGUUGGAGAGUCUGCCUACAGUCAGUAUGAAAAGAUGCGUAAACUGUGUUUGGAUGAUCAGCAAAUUGGAGCUGAGACGCAAGCCAGUUGGAUGCCAAAACCCAAACGUAUGUUAAAAAUGGAAAUCACCGACGGGGUUCAAACCAUUCAAGGCUUUGAAUACUCUUAUCUAACUAAGCUGAAUGAGUCCAUGGAACCUGGGCUCAAGGUGGUAGUCAAAGGUCCUGUAGAGUGUAGAAAAGGUGUGCUUCUUUUGAAAGAUAAUAACAUUGAGAUUUUAGGCGGCGAACUGGACACAUUGGUUGAAUCAAAUCCAGUUGCUCACAUCAUAGCCGAAAAAUUACAAUUCGAUCCAAAUGUUGUUAAAAAUAAUAUAGCUCAAACAGAUAAUACAACCCAGCUAUUUUCUCAAGUAAAUGUGGGGAACGAAAAUCGAGCACCUAAUACAAAUCAUAUGCAGCCUGUUGAUGAGCGAAAUCUGUUGGACUCGGACGAUGAUGACAUAUUCCUGAGCGUGCAACCUGACAACGACACCGCCAACCUGAACAAUGUUACACACCGUAACAACCCGGCGCCCACAUCUCAGUCAACUAGUAACGGACAUUUUGAAACUGUGGACUUACUUGAUGACGACAUAGAUAUACCCUUUGAAAAUGGCGAUAUCUAUGAGAAUAAUGUUGCGACUAACUUGAAUAACUCGAGAAUGUAUAAUGAACGUGAUUGGUCAAACGACGCUCGCUUUGAUAUUUCAGAUGACAUUGUGGAAACAACUCCUAGUUUUCCGAGCACAUCAUAUCCACAGUCUCAUUCUUCAAGCAGCAGUUCAAGAAAUACAGAACCAGUGUCCAGCAAAAGUGUGAGUAGGCCGCCUAGCAUGUCUACUGUUGCAAGUGACAAUAAGACUUCUGCAUCUCUAGUGAGAAACACAACAUCUCAACAGCCGUCCAUGACGUCAUCUUCAGUUACUAGAAGAACAAAUGAAGAAAGGAUUGAGACCAUUCCCAUUGAAAGAACCAUGACUGUUAACUGCAAAGUGGAAAAAUGGAAAUCGAAACUAAUGGUUCAGGAUGGAAAUUGGAAUUUGAAAGUUUCACUCCUGAUAAUUGGCCAGAAAAUUGUGGAUGCUUCCUUUGAGGUCGAUGUCUUGAAUAAGCUUAUAGGAUUUAGUUAUGCAGAAAUGUUGGCUAGAAAUAGGGAAAUGGCUGUUAAUCCUGCAUUAAAAGAAAUGUUUGAGAAGAUUUUCAAAGCUGCUCAAUUAUCAAUUAAAAACUUGAAAUGUAAAAUGACGCUCCAAAAAUCAUCCGAUGGAGAAUCAUUCACAAUAAUCGACGUUGAUGAAUCAUAAGCGAAACACACUAUCCAAAGCAUUUGAAAGAUUCAUCAACCCGAGAAGACAUUGAUUCUUACACUUGUAAAAGGUAAAGACGAAUACUUCCAACAUUAUACUUAUUCAGCUGUAUUUUACUUUUUAAAUUUUUAUAAUAGCGGAAAUUGUAAAAGGUAAAGAUGAAUACUUCCAACAUUAUACUUAUUCAGCUGUAUUUUAUUUUUUAAAUUUUUAUAAUAGCGGAAAUUGUAAAAGGUAAAGACGAAUACUUCCAACAUUAUACUUAUUCAGCUGUAUUUAAUUAAUUUAAAUUUUUAUAAUAGCGGAAAUUGUAAAAGGUAAAGACGAAUACUUCCAACAUUAUACUUAUUCAGCUGUAUUUUAUUUUUUUUUAAAUUUUCACAAAUUUUUAUAAUAGCGGAAUCUGUAUCAUCAUAGAUGUGCCUUGGGUCCAAAUGAACUAUAUUUAUAUUAAUCCAACUUUCUACUCUGUAGUUUUAUUUUAAUUACAGUAUUAAUAUUCCACUAUACUAACCCUGAGCAGCGGCAAGCGCAGCUAUCGUAUUAAAUUUACUUAUAAAACAAUGCGACAUCCACAAAAACAUCAUGACUUGUCAAUAGUUACAUCUGGUAACACCUAAUAUUAUUGCUGACGCUGUAUUCCAUUGUAAUGCUCGAUCAUAGUACUUUUAGUCAGUCUACUGCCAAACUUCACCGAGAGCACUUCUCUCUUUUUCGAUGUAUAUUUUAUAAUUAUGUGUUUGAAAAUAAAGUUUUCUUUUUAAAAA